AUGAUCACAGGCUCCAUAUUUCGUGUCCACGGUGAGAUAGUUCACAUUGGUUUCCUGAAUCUGGCCGGUGAACCGUGUCCGAUACCGUCGAACCGAUGGGACGAAUCUCUGUUUGCUGCCAAAGCUCCCGGUUUGUUGGUCAAACAAACUUCAGUUACCUCAUCUGCGGUGUCUCCCACAGCUGAAGGCGGUCUACGCCAGGGUGAUAGCUCAGCUGCAGCACGGCGACUGGGCACCGGACAUCAGUCGGGCAAAGAACGAAGAACUGGGCCAGGUGCCACACGCAAUUCCUCAUCCUCAACCUCUUCAUCCUCUGGGCCUUCGGGCCCCAAUACUUCGGGUGGCAUGCAUCCCGGCAUGAUGUCUGGUCAGUCGAGUCUAUCCGGAGCAAUGGAUUCUCCUUCGGCCGGAGCAGCUGGUCUCACUGAGGCGGAUAAACAACUACUGGUCGUAUGUUCUGAAAAACAGGCCCGAGUAAUCGCUUUGCCUUCGCAAACUUGUUUGUACAAGGUGAAGAUAACCGAGACGAGUACAGUCGUUCGUGCCGCAGUCCAACGUCUUCGCGGAUCCGGCUCAGUUGGGAAUUCAGACAACCCGGGCACAAGCGCUUUCUUGGCCUGUUAUCUGGCCAACGGUCAUUUUGUCGCCCUGUCCCUGCCUAGUCUGCGACUACUGAUGGAUGUGGACUAUUUACCCUGGACCGAAUGUGUCUCGCGCUCAUUCGCAUUCGGUCAGCAUGGGCAGGCAGUGUAUUUGACGUCACCGUCAGAGCUUGUUAAAAUUACUUGGUCAGCCGAUGUUUGUGCCAACCUGCGGGAUAUGCAAGGUGAUUUAUUCUUGCCGUGCGCAAUGCCCGAACCGCCGAAAAAGAACUUUUUCAAAAAUCUCCUCUCGGGCACUCUUCCCUCCUCAGUGGACCGGGAUGAGCUGUUCGGAGAAAGUGCAUCAGGUAAAAGCAUGCCGGGUACAAGCACUCUUUUGCCGAGUGCUCGGAUGGACAAGUUGUCCGCGCAGGCCAGCGCUGGCACUUCGGAGAUUGCACGUGCACGCAACGCAGCCAUCGAACGGGGCGAACGUCUGGGUCAGCUGGACCUGCAAACACAAGAGAUGAUGGAGCAAGCCAAGGGAUUUGGGCGAUCCGCUGCAAUGCUUGCGGCCAAGUACGAGAAGAAAGACAAACGCUGGGGAUGGCCACUGUGA